UGUCACGACAGACCCAUAUACGCCAUCAUGUCUGGAUUAUUCGAACAGCCUAGGAAUGCGGGAACGCUUUUCCUGGGAGGAACAAAGAUCAGCGGGUCAGAUAUUCGUGAUCAGAAUGUUCUCGCUACUCAAGCCAUUGCCAAUGUAGUGAAGAGUUCGUUUGGCCCCAGUGGCUUGGACAAGAUGAUGGUGGAUGACAUAGGAGACGUUACGGUUACAAACGACGGAGCUACCAUCCUGUCUCUAUUAGACGUCGAGCACCCGGCUGGAAAGAUUUUGGUGGAGCUGGCACAACAGCAAGAUAAGGAGGUUGGAGAUGGAACGACUUCCGUUGUCAUAAUAGCAGCAGAGCUCCUCCGAAGAGGAAACGACCUUAUGAAGAACCGCAUACACCCUACCACAAUCAUCACAGGUUACCGCCUUGCCCUUCGCGAAGCCGUCAAAUACAUGCACGAGAACAUAAGCGUGAAGGUUGACAACCUCGGACGGGAAUCGCUCAUCAACAUUGCCAAAACCUCGAUGUCCAGCAAGAUCAUCGGAUCUGAUUCCGACUUCUUUGCGAACAUGGUUGUGGAUGCUAUGCAGGCAGUCAAGUCGACAAACAACAGAAAUGAGACGAAAUACCCAGUCAAGGCGGUCAAUAUCCUCAAGGCCCACGGAAAGGGCGCAUUGGAGUCGAUUCUGGUGAAGGGCUACGCGCUUAACUGCACUGUCGCUUCGCAAGCUAUGACAACUCAUGUCAAGGAUGCCAAGAUCGCCGUUUUAGAUAUGAACCUACAAAAGGAGAGAAUGAAGUUGGGAGUUCACAUCACUAUCGACGACCCGCAACAACUUGAACAAAUCAGACAGCGCGAGUCAGGUAUCGUUAUGGACAGAGUUGAGAUGAUCCUGAAGUCCGGAGCAAACGUCAUCUUCACCACCAAGGGAAUUGAUGACUUGGUCCUCAAGCUUUUCAUCGAGAAGGGUGCCAUGGCUGUCCGCCGCUGUAAGAAGGAGGAUCUUCGCAGAAUCGCCAAGGCCACCGGUGCUACUCUCGUCUCCUCGCUUUCUGACCUUAACGGUGACGAGAAAUUCGAGGCUUCGUCGUUGGGUUACGCCGAAGAGGUUGUUCAGGAGAGAAUUUCAGACGAUGAGUGCAUCUUGGUCAAGGGCACCAAGGUCCACACCUCUGCGUCCAUCAUUCUCCGUGGUGCGAACGACUUCCAGCUGGACGAGAUGGAGCGAUCCGUCCACGACUCCCUCUGCGCUGUCAAGCGUACCCUCGAGAGUGGCUCCAUCGUCCCAGGUGGUGGCGCCGUCGAGACAGCUCUCCACAUCUACCUGGAGGAGUUCGCUGGUACCGUUGGUUCCCGCGAGCAGCUCGCCAUUGGCGAAUUCGCCCAGGCGCUCCUCAUCAUUCCCAAGACCCUUGCUGUUAACGCCGCAAAGGACUCCUCAGAACUCGUCGCACAGCUUCGUUCCCGCCACGCCUUAUCGCAGCGCAUCAAGGAUGGAGAUGCGAACGAGGACGAGAAGAGCAUUGCGAAGAAGAAGAACUACAAGAACUACGGGUUGGACCUGACGAAGGGCAAGGUGGUUGAUGAGAUCAAGGCUGGCGUGCUUGAGCCCAGCAUGAGCAAGAUCAGGCAGUUGAAGUCGGCGGUCGAGGCGUGCAUAUCUAUCAUGCGCAUUGAUACGAUGAUUAAAUUAGAUCCUGAACAACGUGGCGACGGCGAUGAUGGACACGGCCACUAGGCGUGUGUAUUGUUAAAUAGACGAAGCUUGUAAAAUAAUGGACAUGAAUAUCAAGCAAGCCUUUUCAAGAUUCUGGAAUUUGUGAGUGAUUAAGUUCGACCCUGAGCAGCGCAAUGAUGAAGUUGAGCAGCGGAGCGACGAUGG